AAACUGCGUUUUCAUCAGUAUAACCUUAUUUACAGUUGCCGCGAUUAAUAACUAUUCAAUUGUCACUAGAAAACCACAAGCUUACAGCCGACUAGCCCUUGAGCUGAUGUGUAGUGUUGUAUCGAUUACGGCAAUCAGAACGCAACUUGUGUCGCCGUGUGUCUAAAAGUGUCUAGGGACUCUAUUACAAUUGGAAAGCAUUUGUAGACUAUCAAAGAUUUGGGAACUCGAAAAGUUUCGCGAUAAUGAUAAUAACUGUAACAAUAAUCGCGGGAGAAAGAGUGGGGAAUAAGCGACCAAGGUCGUGAUAAAACUAAGUUUUCAAUCGCGCGCGCCUAUUCGUGGUCCGUUCGCGGGGUUACGCAGUCACGUCGCAAGUCACCCACGUCGUGAUGACUAGUAUGUUGGCCACGACUUCACCUGAGAUCUGAGACAGAAGAAGAAAAGGAGGGGGGAGGAAGAGAAAGAGAGACACACGGGUGGUUUCCUAAGCCCUGAUUCAUCUCCGAACGUGCUGAACGAUGGUCGAUUACUACAAAGUGCUUGAUGUACAGCGGAACUCUACUAGCGCUGACAUAAAAAAAGCGUAUAGAAAGUUGGCAUUAAAAUGGCAUCCAGACAAGAAUCCGGAAAAUUUGGAAGAGGCGAAUAAAAGAUUCAAGGAAAUCUCAGAAGCAUACGAAGUCUUGAGCGACGAUGUGAAGAGACGCACUUACGAUCAGCACUUGUAUCAGAGGGCGGCGUCAAGGCCUGGCCGUGGAUUCACCUUCCGGAGUUUCUUUGAUUCUCCCUUCCAGCGAUACUUCGAAAAGAAGAGGCGUGUUUACGAUCAAUAUGGCAAAGAUGGCCUUCAAAUGCCUGGUGGCAAACGACGCCACGGAGAUGACUUUGAUACGCACUUUGGCGGCACGUUCGUCUUCAGGGAUCCUGAGGAAGUAUUUAGAGAAUUUUUCGAUGGAAUACCGUUCGACGAUUUGUUUGCCGGGUUUCACGGCGGUGGUCGAAGAGGCACCGGGGGCAGACAUGGUCAUUCGGCUAAUAAUAGUCUGAGUACUUCUUUCUUGGGACCCUUUGGAUUCGGUUUUCGUUUUCCAUUUGAUGAUUUAAUGGGGAACCCCAGUGUUGCGGGAAACUUUACCUCCUUCGGUUCUGUUACUAGUUUCGACGGAAUGAGCGGUGGCGGUGCCGUGAAACGUACCAGUACCUCGACUCGUUUCAUCGAUGGAAAAAAAAUUACAACCAAAAAAGUCUACGAAAACGGAAAAGAAACGAUAAUGUCUUAUGAAAAUGAUGUCCUGAAAUCGAAGACAGUGAACGGCGUACCACAGUCAAUAACGUUCGACGAAGCAUCUACGAGUCAAGUCUGUGAGAACGUCAACGAUAACACGAUGGGUAACCACAGCUCGAAUGCGACCUGCGACUAUCUAAAAGCUAGCAGAAUAAAGACGCGUCACCAUCCGCAUAUGAGUAAGAAGCACGACAGAAAUAAGAGGAAAUAAAUUAUUUCGCUCUCAAGUUCCUUGUGUAUCCAAGUCGACGAGUACACGCUACUUAUAUUCGAUAUACUUAACAAAUUUGAUUCCGGAAAAAUUUUUGUCUUAUCACUAUUAUAUACUAUUCUAUCUAUUAUCAUCUAACAAGAAUUCAUAAAUUGUUGGUAAAGAAAAAAAAUUGUCCGCUAAUCUAUGUAUGAAAGAGGGAGAGUAAUAUCUUACAAAAGGUCAUGACUGGCUUGACAUAUCUACGCGGUUUGUAAUAAAGUUGAUUUAAAAAAAAAAGAUUUAUCGGCUUUUAGUUCAAAAAGCAAAGCGACCUGCUGUCCGUCGUCAUUGAGAGUCGUUUAGUUUUGCAAAAACGAGCUGUUUGAAUUUAGUUAGAUACUCGCGAUAGCAUACCACUUACACAGCGAAUCGAGACUAAUUUACAAGUAACAUCCGCAUUGUUUCUACCUAGUUUUGUGUAACGUAACCGAUGCGUUUGCUAACUUGAACCUCGAUUAUUCGCUAGGUUACAGAACUGAUGCAAAACUUAAUUUCUCAAAAUGAUAAAAACAUCUUAUGCAUCUCGUAUCGAUUAAUAGUAUAAUUAAUUUUUUUGCUGCGUACUUUUACUGUCGUUGGCUCUAGCGUUAUUUACCAAUUUAAGUUUUAGUUACAUUCGCGCUGUUGAGAAACUGUGUUAGAAGAACCGUUCUUGAUCAUAUUUCUUUCGAUUAGCUAUUUACAUAUGUGUAUAUAAUGAUAAGAAAAAAAUGUUAUAGAAAUACAUUAUUAAUAUACACUAA